AUGCAUAAGGAGUGGGCUGUUUUUAAGGCGUCCAAGAAGAAAGCCGCUGAGGGUGAGGCCCGUGUUGCCCAGCUGAGGGCUAAAUUAGAAGCUGAUCAGGCCAAGUUUGAGAAUGAUCGAAAAACUGAAGAAUGGUCUGUUGCGGGGUGGAAGAGAAAGGCGGAAGCUGAAGCUGCCCUUAUUUCCGAGGAACGCAAAAACUGGAAAAAGAUAUGUGAGAAGGAUAAUGCCGAGAAGAUGAAUCUCCGCAAUGUUAUCAAUAAUCUCAAGGCUGAGGUGGAAAAGUUGAAGAAACAAGAUGCGGAGAUUGAGAAAUUGAAGAAGGAAAAAGCUGAUGCUGAAGUUGCGCAGGACGAAACGCGCUCUCACAGGGAAAGGAGCGAACAACGAGAGUUUGAGUCUGCCAAGAAAGAUUUGGAGCUUACGCGUACUGAGAAGGCUGAAACUUCUCGCCGUCUUGCUGAAACCGAAGAAAAGUUAGAAACUUCCGAACCUGCGCGGGCAACGACGGAGAGUGAACUUAAGCCUUUGAAAAGUGUUAUGUCAUGGCUGAAAGAACGCGGGAUCACGAGUGUUGUUGAAUCAGUUCUGAAUUCUGAGGAGCUAGAAAAAUCGGUUGCGCGCUUGUUGGUUGCAGCGCGAAAUGAUGGAUAUGCCCAGGGGUAUGCUGAAGGCUCGCACCAUGUGGUUAACGCUUUGAAGGUUGACUGGAAUACUAGCAAGUUCGCUACCCAUGAUGUUAAUACAGAUGUUGCCCUUGCUGAUGCGAAGACAGAAUUUAAUAACUUACAACUCCCGGUUCUGGAUCUCAUCAAUGUUGCGUUACAAUCCGAGGACCAUGUGGCGCAACUGAAAGAAAUCUUCCCAGAUGGAGAAAAUGAAGAUGAAGACCUAGCGUAUGUUUUCUUUUGUGUUUGUAUGAACAAUUAG